UGCCCACAGCCGUGGUAUGGCGGGUGCUGCCCACUGCUCGCUGCAGGUCAAGCGCCUGCUCUUGGACCCCAAGUUCGAGGGCUACAAGUUGUCCCUGGAGCCGCUGGCCUGCUACCAGCUGGGGCUGGACGCGGCUCUGUUGGUUUUCUCCUCAUUUUCCCAAGGACCAUCAAGAAAACAUGAACCUGGAAGGCUGUAGAAAGGAAGGAAUGAACUUCAUCCUAGUGUAAAAUCUCCUAUAAGCUAUCUGAGCACAUGAUAUCAACAGUGAUUAUCAGCAGAUGGAUGGCUACACUCAGACUGGCGGUCUAAGGCUUGAUAUCCAAAUCGUGACCAGUGACGAGUGGCAUUCUCAGGGCUGUAGCAGAAGUGAAGCUUCGUGAUGAUCAGUAUACCCUUGACCACAUGCGUGCUUUUGGCAUGUAUAAUUAUCUUCAUCUUGAUUCCUGGUACCAGGAUAAUGUUUACUAUGUCGAUCAGUUUGGAAGAGUUAUGAAUCUGUCAGUGACUCUGGACACUGCUCUACAAAAACCAAGAGAAGUUUUCAGGCUACCUACAGACCUGACAGCUUGUGACAAUCGCCUUUGUGCCUCAAUACACUUCUCAUCUUCCACAUGGGUUACCCUUUCUGAUGGCACAGGAAGACUGUUUUUAAUUAAGUCAGGCAAGCGUGGAAACAGUGCAUCUGAAAAGUGGGAGAUUGUGUUUAAUGAAGAACUAGGAAGUCCAUUUAUUAUAGCACACAGUGUUUCAUUUGUAAAAUCUGAUAUGCAUUCAGUGGCUGUGCUGCUGCUUAGGGUAGAAAAAGAUGAAUUGGACACAAAAGGAAGUGGAUUUCAUAUUACCUUGGAAUGGGUUACAAUUGCAGAGAUAAGCAAAGAGGGUGAUCAUAGAUAUGAAAUCUUUAAAAGGAGAGUUUUACAAGGAAAAUCUGUCCCCCAUUAUGCAGCAAUAGAGCCGAGUGGGGAUGGCCUAAUGAUUGUUUCCUACAAACCAUUCAAAUUUAUACAAGAUGAAGACAACAAUUUAGAAGAAGAAAAAGAUGAUGCAGAAGCAACAAAUGAGAAGAAAGACCCUCUCUAUUACUGGCAGCAGACUGAAGAUGAUGUGACAGUAACAGUUCACAUUCCUCAAGACAUCACUAAGGAUGACAUAAAAGUAUGCUUUUCCCCUGAUAACAUACGUGUUACACUGAAAGACCAGCCUCCUUUGAUGGAAGGAAAACUCUAUUCAUCUGUGGACCAUGAAAGCUGCACAUGGAUAAUUAGAGAGAACAAAAGCUUGGAAAUUUCUCUAAUUAAGAAAAAUGAGGGACCCCGGUGGCCAGAGCUAAUAAUUGGUGACACAAGAGGGGAAUUCAUUAUGGACUCUUCCCAGUGCUCUGAAAUAGCCGAAAGCCUGAUGCAUCUUACCUCUGAAGUCAUGAAUCCGAACCCUGAAAAGGAAAACCCACCCUGUAAUGCACAAGAAUUAGAAGAAUGUGAUGCUUUUCUUGAAGACAGCGCAAGCUUGUGCAGAUUUGAUGGUGAUACCUUGAAAGUCACUCAUGUAAUUAAUCUUGGAAGCAACCAGUAUCUUUUCUCAGUUGUUGUGGAUCCCAGAGAAAUGCCGUGCUUUUGCCUGAGGCACGACGUUGAUGCUCUGCUCUGGCAGCCCCAUUCUGACCAACCAGAGAACAUGUGGGAACACAUCGCAACUUUUAAUGCUUUAGGUUAUGUCCAAGCAUCCAAGCAAGACAAGAAGUUCAUGGCUUGUGCCCCAGAUUACUCCUACGCUGCUCUCUGCGAGUGCCUGCGGCGCGUUUUCAUCUACCGCCAGCCCACUCCGCUGGCCACGGUGCUCUACAACAGGAAGGAGGGGAGACAAGUCGGACAGGUUGCUAAGCAGCUGGUAACAACCCUGGAAGCCAGUGAUCCUAUCUUAGGCUUUCAAGCUACAAGCGAGAGAUUAUUUGUUCUCACAACAAAAACCUUGUUUUUAAUAAAGGUGAACUCUGGAAAUUAAUUAUUGAGUGUAUUCUGCUGUAAUUUGUGUUAACAGUUUGUUAAAGAGCUGGCGAGGUAAAUGAUCUGAGAAGUUCAGUACAAUUCGCUGAAGUUUAAAAUGGAGAUAUUUUACAGGGGAAUCAAUUUUUUUCAUUAGAAUUUGUCUGUAAGAUAGUGAGAAAGUUUUUCAACUUUGCUGUCACUGAGGUAAGCUUUUUCAGAGCUAUGGUGAAACAUCUUUACGCUAACAGCUUUCCCAAAGCGAUUGUCAGAGGCUGCUAUUGCAUAGGUGAAUAGAUUUAUGCAUUGUUUUUUCCAAAUGAUUGUUUGCCAUACUUUCGAGAAUUUGCUUCUGUUUUUAAAUGCUACUUUACCUAUGAAAGUAGCAGCAGAUAAAGAAAAUAAAACCUUGAGUUACAAGCAAAGUUGUGUGUAUCAUAAAAAAAAAUAAUCCCAAAUUCAUAUACUGUUAACCAAAAAAAUGAUAUAAUAUCUCAGUAUUCAGUAGUUUGAGUGAAAUGUGAAUGGAAUGAAUGGAGUGGUAUGUUUCUUAUACAGGCCAUUAAUUAAAGUGGAAUAAUUUCAUUGUAUAUGCAGAUUUUAAAGUUUGAUUUGGGACUUACUCAUGCCUGCAGUGAAAUCUGUUCACAUUUUAAAAGACACUAGGAUAGCUUUUAGUAGCUUUUUCUUGAAGCAAAGGGUGAAUGUAUGGCUGGUGCUUACAUAUGGAAUGGUGUUAGUUAUACUCUCAGUUGUAUCUUUCUCACUUGGCAUUUGUACUUCUUCUCAAGUGUUUAAUUUGCAAUUAAUAGAGAACGGCUCACAGAAAAGCACCCGGAUUGUGAGCUGAGGUGGGGGCUCAGAAGCGCUGCUGCUGCCUCAGGUACCGCUGUGAAUGCUGUGCUGCUGCUUCACCGUCUGGCCGUGACACCCGAGUCCAGACCUGGUGAUGUGUGAUGUCAGAGUACACGGGCCACGAGGAUGCUUCUAGUUAAUGAACUGGCUUGGUUAAUUUUGUUGAAAAGUUGUAUCUGAAGAUUUGUGUUUCUUAUUUUAAAUUGACAUUGUCAAUCCAGUUAAACCAAAAAAGGGUCAAUUGUGACCUCCAGAGCUCCAGUCUGGGUUGGGUUUUUUUCCCAGUUUUGUCACAGCUCUAUAGCAAAGAAUGCCUGAUCAAUGUACUGUGUGCUGGCAGGAAAGCUGCUGGGAUUUGUGGUAUCAAAGUGCUGAAACACACACAAAUUGCUGGGACAGGCAUAAAUGCAACAAGUGGCCUAAUAGUUUGCAUCUCUUCCAAUGCUAUUUCAGACCUCUGUAGGAGAGGAAAAUAAGUGUUCCUUUCUUAGGGACUAACAGUUGUUAGUUGUGAUAGGUUUUGACCCUCCUCAAAAUUCUCCAGAAUCUCUUUUGUAUUGUUGAAAUGAUUAAAGAAUAUAGUGAGAAUUUAAGGUGGAGACCAGCAGUUGUGACUUGCAAAAACCCUCCAAACUCAGUAGCUUUUCAAGGAACCUGAUUUUCCUCACUCUUACAGCAGUGUUACAUUGUAUAUCCAAUAUUGAAAAGUUUUUCCUUGUACCCAGGUAAGUUAAAACAGACUUGAUUUGCAAACCUUCCCUUUUUCUGUAUUUCUUAUAACUGUUUUCAAAAUGCUUUCUUAAAUGGCUCAGUGAAUGUAUUACUGUUUCAUGACUGUUUUGUAUCUAAGUUUUCAUUGCUGGGCAAUAAUGUCAAACAAGGUGGUAGAAUUCAUGGAGGGGUCCUUUAGAAAAGGUUUGAUGAAAUUGAUUACUUUGCAGCAUAAAGUAAGUGCUUUGAGAUUUUUAUGAUUAUUAGUAACCUGAGAUUUAAUCACUGGGAAUGCAGAGUUAAGAACACGUGAUGCUUGGGGAAUGGAGGAAUGCAGAGGGAGGGAAGGAUCUGUGGGCAAGGGGUUUUUGUCACCUCAGGUGUAUUUCAGGAAACUUCAGCACAGAUGAAGUUUCAGCUGUUCUUUGUCAAAUUCUCUUUGCUGUGGGUUAGAUGUCUGGAAACAUACUUCUGCUGUCUCUGCAACACAGGAAACGAAAUCAAGUUAAAUGGUUACCUCUUCUGAGCCGGUGUGAUUAUGUGUAAUGCCUAAAACUCACAUUCUGCCCAAAUGUCCGUUUCAUGGGAGUUCGUUUGCUCCUGGGAACAACUGAACAUGGGGAAGAGGUUCAUCCCUUUUUCCAUGUUACUCAUCUGUUUGCAGUCAUGGUGUUCUCAGAAAGGAUGUGUCAGAUGGUAAUCUCUCUUUUAUUUUGCUUUCUAUGAGAGUUAAGGACAUUGUAUUAUUUUAAAGAUUUGUUGCCUUGAGGAACCUCGCAUGCUGUUGCACACCAAGCUACUGCAACUAAAAGGCUGCAAGCCACAGGGAGGCAUGCACUGUUAGGACUUUCCAUUUCUGUGCUCACUUAAUUUUAAAGCUGUUUUGUUCAGUGUAUUAAUGUAGCCUUGUACAAGGUAUAGAAUGUGGAUAUUUUAAGAGAGAUGGUUUUCUGAGAACCAUAGUUCAGUUUUUCUAGGAUUUUAUUUCUUGAAAUCUUACAUUUUAAGACACCGUACUUCCUGAGAGGUCUCAAUCGCAAUCUGUUUACACGAUUUCUGAGAAAAUAUUUGGCUAUUACAGAGUUGCAUUAUUUAUUUCUAAUAUUCUUUUCCAGUGUUUUUCUUGGCUGCAUAUUUGGAAUGUAUCAUGUAUUACUCUACAAGUUUCAAUAAAUGGAAAAAAUGUUAAAUUUAUUAAUAAA